CUCGGCUGAUCAGAGAGAGGAGCUGUGUCUGCGUCAAGCCAAGGCGCAAGCGUCAAGCCAAGGCGCAGCUCCUGUCUGUUCAUCCCAGCGCGGCUCUACUUGCCCGGAGCCCAUCCCUGUAGUUCAGUGGGCGUGGUGUGAAUUGGAAAACAAAGUGCAGAGACACCCUUCACUACUUCCUACAUCACCGGGAUCCGUUGAGUUCACCCGCCGCUCGCCGGGAUCGAUGCUAGUUAACCGCCCAGCACAGCCGCAUAAUAACUCCCGAUAAGAGAGGGACGAGAGAUCGGUGGAUGCGCUCCGGGUUCCGUGAACCGGCAAGAGGUGCGAUUCAGUUAUGUGCGUUAUGGUGACAGAGCGUGACACCAAGGACGAAUAGCAGUCAGGCAGCAUCUCGUCCUCUCUCUCUCUCUCUCUCCUUGCGCUACAGACCAACGAGAUAAAUGGGCAGCAGACUGCACCAAACAGUGUCCGGCACCGAUAGCACCAUUCCACAUUGACUAAAAUAACUGAACGGGACCCGUUAUGUACUAAAGAAAGUAUAUUACACCAGUAGCGGUUUAGAGACCGGAACAGGAUUUUUGAAGAAGCGGUUGUUUGUUCAGCAUGAGCGGUGGAGGAGAAAUCAUCUUCCAAGGCUGGCUGAGAAAGUCCCCACCAGAGAAGAAACUGAGGCGAUAUGCGUGGAAAAAGCGUUGGUUCAUCCUGCGUAGUGGUCGUAUGUCUGGCGACCCUGACGUCCUGGAGUACUAUAAGAACGACCGCUCUAAGAAGCCCAUCCGGAUCAUCGACCUGCAUUGCUGUGAGCAGGUGGACGCUGGGCUGACCUUCAAGAGGAAGGAGUUUCAGGAUAGCUUCGUGUUCGACAUCAAGACCUCAGAGCGUACUUUUUACCUGGUGGCAGAGACCGAGGAGGAGAUGAACAAGUGGGUUCGCUCCAUCUGUCAGCUGUGUGGCUUCAACCAGUCAGAGCAGAACAACCACGACGGCCGGUCCUCUACAGCUCACAUGGGCCGUUCCCUGGCAGCAGACCUGUCCAGUUCCAGGUCCCUGACCCCACUGACCAGAGAGCGUAAGUCGUCCGCUCCCGUCCACUCUUCCCAGCCCGUCCUGUUCACCUUCGACGUCCCGGUCCGUCACGGUGGGUCGCACAGUCACCACGGGGGCUCCCUGUCCAACAGCCUACCACAGGACUAUCUACUACUGCAUCAGUGCAUGAGCAGGAAGACUGAGAGCGCACGGAGUGCCAGUUUCUCCCAGGUACAGCACAGUAGCAAUCUGUUUGUGGGCAGUGACUCUGCAGUGCAGAAGUUCUCCCAUGGUUUCUCUCACUGUCUGAACGGGAUGGGCGCCCAGCUGCAUGGCUUCUACAGCCUGCCCAAACCUGGCAAGCACCAACUGGCCUCUGCGGUCGGGCCCAGGUCCUCCACACGGCCAGACUCCCCCCAGGAGGGCUACGUGCUACCCAGGGGGUACAGCUCUGAGGGGCCCUCAGAUCAUAGUCGCCUGGGAGACAUGGAUCAGCAGGAUAAUGAGGAGCUGUACACCUUCAAGACGCCUUGCAACACCCUGGCCACCGGCAACGACCGUAACCACAGUAACGACCGACACAGCAAUGACCAUAACCACAGCAACGAGCGUAGCAACGACCGCCAGACUGACAACUACGACCUCCCGACCCCGCCCGGAUCGUUCUACCAGAUCCCCCGGACGUUCGAUAAGAACCACAACGUGACGCCGUCUGGCUCCGAGUCAUCUAGUGGACCCCCUCCACGGCCCCCCAAGCCCAGCCAGGGGUCAGAGAGCGGGGGCUGUCUGGGGUCACUGCAGAAUGGAGAGGUGACCACGACUGUGUCGGUCAUACCCAGGAGGAACACUCUGCCUGCCGUGGAGAACAGCAGGUUACAACGAGGGUGUUCAUUUGAGCCCAGCAGCCAUCAGCGUCCGAUCUAUUUCAACAACCAAGGCCAAUCUGUGGAGUGUGUCAACGAUGGCUUCAGUUCUUACCUGAGAACAAAGGCCCCUCUGACACGUUCGGACAGCGGCGACUCGGAGGACAACUAUGUGCCUAUGAACCCAGGCUCAUCUCCCCUCAACGCCGCCCAGGCGGACAGCCCCAAAAAUAUCUACAUCCCCAUGAGCCCCGGGCCGCACCACUUUGACUUCCCAGGGUUCUCAGCCACGCUACCUGCCCGGAAGGGAAGUACCGCCUCGCUGUGUCACCGACCGGGGAGGCUGAGUGACGUCACACCACCACCUAUAAAUCGCAACCUUAAACCCAACAGGAAAUCCAAGCCGACACCUCUGGAUCUGAGGAACAAUGGCAUCAUUGAUGAGCUCCCAUUUAAGAGUCCAAUCACCAUGUCCUGGACACGACCCAUGCCUGUGAACUCAGGUGGCAUGUCCUCCCAGCACUGUAGACCCAUCUCCACCCAGAGUAUCACCAGCACUGACUCCGCAGACAGCGAGGAGAACUACGUAGCCAUGCAGAACCCAGCGUCUACCUCCCCUGCAGUGAGUGGUACCAGCAGCCCCGCCCCUAGGAAGUGUGGCAAUGUGGACUACUUGGCUCUGGACUUCCAGCCGGGCUCCCCCAGUCCACACAGAAAGCCCUCUACGUCCUCGGUGACAUCUGAUGAGAAGGUGGACUAUGUCCAGGUGGACAAGGAGAAGACGCAGGCCCUCCAGAACACCAUGCAGGAGUGGACAGACGUCCGACAGUCCACCGACCCCGCCCCUAAGACUGUAAAGUCCUGACAGUAACCAUGGGGAAGACACAGCGCUCUGACCUUACCUCAUGUCAAGACAAGCAUCUCCUAUAGGAUGUUACACUGUUACUGACAGAAGUCAGUUUGAGGAGUGAAGGAACAUUUAUGGAUGGCGGAGACACAGAUUACCUCUGUUGGACAGGCUAAAAUUACUUGAGGACUGAAAUGAGUUGAGGACCGAAAUGAGGACUGAAAUGAGUUGAGGACUGAAAUGAGUUGAGGACUGAAAUGAGGACUGAAAUGAGUUGAGGACUGAAAUGAGUUGAGGACUGAAAUGAGGACUUGGCUCAAAAAGAGGAGACAAAAAGUCAACGCCUAGCUGUGUUCUGUGAUGAUCAUCAGUGCUGUGCAGCAAGCGCUUGAUGCAGACGGACAGAGACCCAACCUGAACCUGCCAAAGCUUUUCUUCCUAAAGAGACUGUUAAAGCUAGACUGGAGUGAACUUGCCUUCCGGAAUACUAACCUGUACAGUAACCUUCUAGAUUUUUCUCUGACUCAAGCUUUGGGGAACAACUCUUCUAGUUCUUUUCUACAGCCAUUUCAACUGUAACACGACCCUGAGUGUGUUUUCUUCCUGUCUAGCGGGUCAGCUAAUGUACAUAGCUACUUCAAACUAUUUGUUUUCUUCCUGUUUAGCCACUGUAAAACUAUUUGCUGCCAGUCAAACUGCUAUCGUUAUCUAACCACCCAACCAGGCAGUGGAAAUUGUAUUGUAUUGUAUCAGAAAUGCAUAUUCUAUUACAGAUGCAGCCUCAUUUUGCUUGAUAGGACAUGGGGCGGGGCGGGGGCUCGUCAGGCUCGCUCUCCCAUUCUAUUCUGACUUCAAUCCACCAUUUUAGCUGAGCCUUGCAGAAGUGAAACAAGCGUAGAGGUUAUUUUCACUGCACUGCAGGCAGUCAUUUCAGCUUAGCCGUGCACGUCUGGUGUAGGAGACCAAAUAACAGCCUUACAAUAAAAUAUUCUCUCCAGGAGCCUUAAUGAGAAUUUCAAAAUGGCUGUCGGUUGAUCGAGCUCGUUUAAAUAAUGUAUUCAUCCAUAAAUACUGGUUCUUCCGUUAACGUGGUGACUCUGGUUGCAGUGACUGCUCUUAAACAAUAGACGGAAGCUCAGACAUGUCAGACAGAAAUAAUGAAGACCGUGUAAAAGAAGAGACAGCAUCUCAUUUAGUUUAUAUUUGCAUAUAAUGGUGAAAAGGGGGUGUGUCCCAAAUGACCCCUUAUUCUCCUAUGGGCCCUGGUCUAAAGGAGUGCACUAUGGGCCCUGGUCUAAAGGAGUGCACUAUGGGCCCUGGUCUAAAGGAGUGCACUAUGGGCCCUGGUCUAAAGGAGUGCACUAUGGGCCCUGGUCUAAAGUAGUGCACUGUGGGCCCUGGUCUAAAGGAGUGCACUAUGGGAGAAGGGUGCCAUUUGAGACACAGAUGGUGUGAAAUAUCUGGGUUUGGUUCAUUGAUGCUCUACACUAGAACAGUUUUCCUUGGGGGAACCCCUCAGCUACUGUCUCUCUCUAAUGGACUCCAGAGAAUUAGAGAUGUCAAAGAGAGAAAUGUUGCCAGGAGGGGUAAUAUCCAAUGUAAGGAAAAGCUCCUGGUUUCUAUACCACUUCAACAUUAUAACACACACGUAGACGUACACACAUUCACAAACACACACACCCUACAUGAACAUGUGCACUGACAGACAGGUUGACAAGGAGGAACAUUUACUGAGUCGUUAUAACGUUGGACACAGAGGUCAACAUAUAACAGAGGUCAAUGUGUCCACGUUCGUUUCCUCUAAACGGAUUUCUUUGACAUUUUCUGCACAAUUACCUGCAGUUUUGGUUCUGAGAUAAAGCAUUUAUUUUGAAACAAAGUGAAAACCAAAUCCCAAACGGCGUCAAUAACCUAACUUUUUUUUUUUUACGAAGAAAACAAAAUCUGGGUGCCAUUUUAGAAAAGUGUAAUGUAUUCCAAUUGGCACUCUAAUGGGCCCUGGUCUAAAGUAGUUCACUAAGGGUCCUGGUCUAAAGUAGUUCACUAUAGGCCCUGGUCUAAAGUAGUUCACUAUAGGCCCUGGCCUAAAGUAGUUCACUAUAGGCCCUGAUCUAAAGUAGUACACUAUAGGCCCUGGUCUAAAGUAGUUCACUAUAGGCCCUGAUCUAAAGUAGUUCACUAUAGGCCCUGGUCUAAAGUAGUUCACUAUAGUCCCUGGUCUAAAGUAGUUCACUAUAGGCCCUGGUCUAAAGUAGUUCACUAUAGGCCCUGGUCUAAAGUAGUUCACUAUAGUCCCUGGUCUAAAGUAGUUCACUAUAGGCCCUGGUCUAAAGUAGUUCACUAUAGGCCCUGGUCUAAAGUAGUUCACUAUAGGCCCUGGUCUAAAGUAGUUCACUAUAGGCCCUGGUCUAAAGUAGUU